CAUCGAUGACCUGCACUUUUGGAUUCUCGCAGUUUAAUCCCUUCGCAAGGUAUCAAAGCUGCAUUACAAUUAUACUAAUAUUCAAAGCAAUUGAUAAAAGGUCGUCGCGGAGUAGUGGGUAUGGUGUCCGCCUAGCGAUCGGGAGGUCACGGGUUCGAUCCCCACAUUGGAUGCGAUCCCCACAUUGGGUACGUUCUUUCGAUCUCACUCAAAGACAUCAGGUAUUGAUUCUAGUCCCAGGAAACGGACUCGAGAGCGUUUCAAAUAAGCCUAAGGCUUUCGAUGCAAUCGAGAUAAAAUCAAUAUUUUUAAACUAAUUAUUAAAAAAUUACCUUUAAUACAAACAGUAUCACACAAUUUGCAGAAUUAAUAUAUAAAAUACCAAAUAAAGCUUCACAAAAGUGUUCUAUACACUUUUAAGCUGAAAGGUGAAUGUGUUCCUGACAAAUCGAGUAAACCAUACACCUUAGAAUAUAAUGGAUUAUGUGUAUGCCAUGCUGCCACUUCGUUCCCAUUCAAUCAUGUAUGUGCAUUUCUAAACGACACUUUCCUUCUCGAAAGACAUUUUGUUUUUAUCAAAUGUCGUUACGAAUAUGAUACUGAUAUGAUGUAUGGUUAAUACUAAAAAAAACAUGUCUUACACAGCAUUUAUUUUUCAGCGCGCUAUGACCUGUUGAAGGAACACUUUAAGAUUCACAAAUCGGCAUAUGAGGGAGACGAGCUUCAGCAAGCUGUAAACAAAGACGACUUCGAGAAAGUGACCAGAAUAAUACGCAAGGCUUACAUGGAUGGUGAACGCAUCUGUGAAUACAAACUGCCCAAGGCAAUCGCUGAUUCACAAGACAAUGCGAAUUCAGAACAUUAUUUGAAUCCACAUCACGACCUUUUCGUCUUAGUGGAAAAGUCUACGUUUAUGAAACUCAAUGGAGAAAUUGAGUUUCGAGCUAAUCUAGAAAAACGAAUUUCGUCCGAAAUAAUCCGAUCUAGGAUGCGAGAUAUAACCAAACAUGACAAGUCAGUCCAACAAGUCAACGUCGUUAAUCUCGUUUUCAACGGUAACCACCACACACUUGAAACUGUUACACAUGCAAUGAAUUUUGGUACAGUAUCCGUGGUAGUAAAAGGAUCAAAAGGUGUGGCGGAGAAAAUAGCAUAUGAGGUCGAACGCACGACUGAUAUCCAAAAACGACAAGGUGUGGCGGAGAACAUAGCAUAUGAGGUCAAAAGCACGACUGAUAUCCACAAACGACACGACGAGGAUUUUAUGGAUAGGAUGAAGAUGAAAGCAUUUCAAGCAAUUCUCCAUAAAAAGCCAUACCUUUUAUGGGUUUGUGAUCUGCAAAACAUGCCUGACAAAUUUCAUGAAAGGAUUCUUGACAUAUAUUGGAAAGCAAAGUGGAGUGAAAACCAUCUUGCGUCAGUUCGCGAGCGCGACCUAUUUGUCGUUUCCAACGAACUGAGAGAUUGCAAUCCUUGCAAUACGGAUGACGUCGUGUGUUAUUUUUGUUUUCACGAUUACAUCGAACCUGUUAGAAUCUUAGUUCAGCAUCUUGGCUCGAUGGAUUCAGUUAAGAUAGGCGCUUUGCAAUUCAAGAAAAUGUGCAAUGAAGCUGAUACAGAUGGAUUGCUGAAAGGUUUACGGCGAAAGUUAAUGGUUCCUCCCGCAAACAAGGACCUUGCAACGAUUAUGGAGGUUAUACAGAUAAUGAAGGCGCGUCCAGUUCGAGGCACUAUAGUUGACAAGGCAGUGCAUGACCAUUGGAAGCCUCAUCCUGACGUCUCCUCUAACCCAACGCAGAAGAACAGAGUAUUAUGUUUUGGAGAGAAGAAAGAGAAGAAAGGUGGUCAAGGUUCAGUUGAGUCUAUUGAGUCCCAGAACAGGUUCUUGCCAUACUGGAAUUACUUGUAUUUGUGGGCUUGCAUGAUGCGUAAACAUGAGUUGGCGGAAAUACUCUUGCGAAAAGUGGAGGUAAAUAAGUUUACAUUCCUGUUUCUAAACAAUUACUUCUAAAAUGUGUUCAUUAUAUAGCACUUAAAUACGGAAUAAUACACUAGUCAACUGUUCCCAGUGUUCGUUUAAAUCAAGUGGUUUCCGUUAUAACGUAUAACAGAAGAGUGAGAAGCGAAAUAGCGGAACCACUAGACUGAUACACAGCGUAAUAUUAGUAUUAAUUACACUCGUUCUAAUGCUUCAAUAUUCUUCAAUUUCAUAAAUAGGUAUUUAAUACAUCACUUAUUUCUAAUAAUAAGUCAGGCUAGUAUGUAUUGCUUGUCCAAUAACCAGGAAACUUCAAGAGAACAUUUGUUCAAGUGAUACCUCGG